AUGGCACCAACGAUUCCUGGAUUCUUUUACGACGAAGCCAAGAAGAAAUACUUUAAAAUUGUCAAUGGAUCGUCAUCUCAGGCAACUGAAAAGUAUCAUAAUAAUUCUGUUCAAGCAGAAAAACGAAGAAAUGAUUUCAUAAAUGAACAAACCCAAAAGAAGAAGAACGUCAAGAAACCCAGAAAAGUUGCCACUUUGCCCAAACAGAUAGUUAAACUAAGCGAAGCAAUUAGACGACAUCGUCAGCAGAUAUACGAAAAUAAUAUAAAGGGAGAUAUAGUGGCCUACAAGUUAGGUGCUGUUUCGAAAUACAAUGUGAAUAUUGAUAUAGAUAUUGUUACGGCGGGGUUGAAACAAUUGAAAUUUGAUAGAGAACAAAGUCGAAGGGAUGGCUACUAUGACUUGGAUCAUAUUGUCAUUGGUGGGCAAGAUCUGGGUGAGACUCUGGUUUUCGUUUCUUUUACCCCCCGGAGCAUGAGUGUAACGCAUGAUAAUUUAUUACAAAAUGAUGAAAGUAUCUUUUGGUCAACGCCAACCCCUAUCCAUAUAGAUACAGAGAGGCGUGAUGGCUCUCCUAUUGACCCUCAAUGCACAUUCCCUCACACUUCGGCGUCAGUUACUGUCAACAAUAAUAUGCUCCGAUUCUCAUCGUAUUCAUGGACAGAUACGGACCAGAAACUACAAAAGGUUUUGGUCUUGAAUUACUACAAAUUCAAUAGAGAUCAUCCUUCGCUUAUUGAAGUCACUCCCUAUACUAUAAAACUUGAAAAUUGGAUUUGGGAAUGUGAUUUGUGGCAGAAAGAACCCGUUAUUGGAGUAUUAACUGGGUUCGAGUACACGCAAGGUACUGAUGAAAUUGUGGUUGCAUCUUCAUGUACGCCUAAUUUAUUAUUGUGGGGUACUAAUAAGGGAGCUCUUAUAAUCAUUCCAUUUGAAAUAUUUUCACAUAGACAUUUCACUAGUCUUUAUUACUGUAAACUUAGCCAAUAUGAAAUUGAUCUCAUUACAGUUUCUGAUGGUGUAAUCUUUGUGGUUGAUAUUAAAGGGAUUAUGUCAAUAGUGUACGAUAAUGGUCAUAUGUUUCAAAAAUCAGAUAUCUCAGAUGGUGUGCACCCACCUGUGGAAUUUGAAGCUAAUGGUCCCAAGUGGUCACUUGGUAAAGUGGGGAAGGUUCUGCGUAUCAUUUGGUUUCCAGAGUCCAGCACGGUUGUAAUAGUUGGAUUGAGGAAAAUAGUGAAAUAUCUUGUACCACCUCAAGGAAGACCUAUCUUUAUUCAAGAUUACACUUAUUUGAAUUGUAACAUUGUGAACCAAAACUCCGUUGUGGUUCACCUGAGUGUGGCACAAUACUUGUUAGUUAAUGAGUCUAACCACGAACUUCGGCUAAUUAACUUACAUGAUGGAACAAAUAGGCGAAUAGUACUCGAUGUUCCUCGAAAUUAUAUCCUUUGUAAUAUGUUUAUGACAGCUCAUCAGUAUCUCUGGCUUUUUUAUAGGUCUGGAACUACUCUGCAUGAUGUUGUUUACAAGUGGAAUAAGGUUACUGGACAAUGCUGUAGCGAGGUGAAAAUAAGGUUUGAUCAAACAAUAUUUUUGAUUUAGGUUCCACAUCUACCACCGAACCAGGUCCACUCAAGAGUGAUUUGGUGUUGAGAAACCCGAUUAGUAGUUUUGCAUGGAAAACUUGGAAUUGAAAAUUUUUCCAACGAGAGAAUUCAUCGUGUUCGAUAGAAUCAUAUGAAUUUGAUCAUUCUUGUUCCAAGUACUCUCUGUAACGUUUGAGCUGCAAAUUAGUAGGAACUUAUUGGUAAAUGAGACGGAAUUUAGGCUACGCCUUAUUAAUUUGGACUUGGGUAGUUCCAAAGAAAGUACUUCCAAUAGAGUCUCUUGCUACUACUGUAUGAAUGGUAGACUCUUUCUUGAUGUUUAAAACGAUAAUCAAAAACAAAAACACUCGUCCCCGAAAUUGUUCUAUUAUAGUGCCAGAUUUUGUACAAAAUUGUGCAUUGAGUACCUGAGAUCCCAUAAUUACAUAUUUGUUCAGAUUUACUUGCAUAUAGUAUCUUCUGGUAGUGUUCGUGGUGGUCGUUUCACAGAUACUUCAAAGGGAUACUUUGUAUAAUUAGAGACUGGAGUAAUUGAAAGAAAAAUAGCAAUCAUGGAGAGGAACAUGGAAGGAGAGAAAGCGCAGAUUAAUACCUGGGAUCUACGAGAAUCUACAGGGACAAGAGGGGCUCACAUCUGAACCAGGGGAGCUCCAGGGACUAUUCCUUGAUACCCACAUCAC